UGGCACGUGGCGACCGCGGAGUCACCUUGUUACCGCUGUUCUGCGACUUCGGUUUGCACAGCCAGCAUGAAACGGCCGAAGUUAAAGAAAGCGAGUAAACGCAUGACCUGCCAUAAACGGUAUAAAAUCCAGAAAAAGAUUCGAGAGCACCAUCGAAAAUUGAGGAAGGAGGCCAAAAAGUGGGGUCACAAGAAGUCUAGGAAAGACCCAGGAAUUCCAAACAGUGCUCCCUUUAAGGAGGCUCUUCUUCGAGAAGCUGAGCUAAGAAAACAGCAGCUUGAAGAAUUAAAACAGCAGCAGAAACUUGACAGGCAGAAGGAACCAGAUAAGAAAAGAAAACUUGAAACUAACCUUGCUGAUGAGCCAUCUAACUUUGAAUCUGUGGAGGAAUUUGGACAAAGCAAAACUAAGAGAGCCAAAGUGACCAAACAGAAUCUGAAGAUAGUUCAUUGUCAGGAACUUAAAAAGGUGAUUGAGGCCUCAGAUAUUUUGCUAGAGGUAUUAGAUGCCAGAGAUCCUCUUGGUUGUAGGUGUCCUCAGGUAGAAGAAGUGAUUGUCAAGAGUGGAAAAAAGCUGGUGCUCGUAUUAAAUAAAUCAGAUCUGGUACCAAAGGAGAAUUUGGAGAAUUGGCUAAAUUACUUGACAAAAGAAUUGCCAACAGUAGUAUUCAAAGCCUCAACACAUCCGAAGGAUAAAGGGAGGAGGAUAAGCAAGGUGAAGGUAAAGAAAAAAGCUGUUUCGUUCAAAAGUAAUGCCUGCUUUGGCAAAGAGGGUCUUCGGAAACUUCUUGGAGGUUUUCAGGAGACUUACAGCAAACCUAUCCAGGUUGGAGUAAUUGGUUUCCCAAAUGUGGGGAAAAGCAGCAUCAUUAAUAGCUUAAAACAAGAACGAGUAUGCAAUGUUGGUAUAUCCAUGGGGCUUACAAGGAAUAUGCAGGCUGUUCCCUUGGACAAACAGAUCACGAUCAUAGAUAGUCCAAGUUUCAUUGUGUCACCACUUAACUCUUCCACAGCCCUUGCUCUGAGGAGUCCAGCAAGUAUUGAGGUGGUAAAGCCACUGGAGGCUGCCAGUGCCAUCCUAUCUCAGGCUGAUGCCAGACAGGUAGUUCUAAAAUACAAUGUCCCAGACUAUAAGAAUUCUCUGGAAUUUUUUACCAGUCUUGCUCAGAGAAGAGGUCUGCACCAAAAAGGUGGAAGCCCAAAUGUUGAACGUGCUGCCAAACUGCUGUGGUCUGAGUGGACAGGUGCUUCAUUAGGUUACUAUUGCCAGCCCUCUACAUCCUGGGCUCUUUCUGCACACUUUAAUGGCAGUAUUGUGGCAGACAUGAAAAGGGGCUUUAAUUUGGAAGAACUGGAAAAGAACAAUGCACACAGCAUACAAGCCAUCCGGGGCCCUUGUUCAGCCAAUAGCAUACUUUUCUGGUCUUCUGGUCUGACAAAUGGAAUAAUGGAGGAGAAAGACAUACCUGAAUUGCCAGAACAGAGGACAGAAAGGAAACAAGAGGAAAAAGAGGACGACAGAGAUAUGGAAAAGAUCUCAGACUUGUCCCCUAUAGAAGAAACAAGUGAGGAGGCACUGCCUGAGGAAUCUAUUACAGCAGGUGGACCAUCUACAAGAUCUUUUAUUAUCUUGGAUGAAAAGACUAAAGAGGAUGAUGCUUAUGACUUCAGCAGAGAUUAUGUAUAACAACUCGUCCUUUUAUAUGGAUUUUCUUAACAUUUCAGGCAAACUACUCAAGUGUUAAAUAUGUGUAAUGUGCUACUUCAAGUUUGGUAUAACGUAAGCUGUAUAAAUUUUGUGAAUAUUAUGUAUACAUUAAAGCAACUAAACAAUUAAAGUAUCCACAUUUAACAAUAAAAAAAAAAA